AUGAGUGAUAGUGAGGUUGCGAAGAGCGGUGGCCUACUCGACGUUAGCUACGCUCUUCACUUAGACGCAAUCGAUCCUUUAUCACAUUUCAGAUCAAGAUAUCUCAUUCCAACCAAAGCUGAUCUGAAACGUCCUACUAUAGCCAAGCAUGAUUCAGAACCACCUUCGGAGGAGUGUACAUAUCUUUGCGGCAAUUCUCUCGGCUUGCAGCCAAAAGCUGUCGCAGACUACAUCAAUGUCUUUCUCACACAAUGGAAGACUAAAGCUGUGACUGGCCACUUUACAGAUCAUACAGAUUCUCCUCUAGUUCCGUUUCUACACAUCGACGAUGAGGCUGCCAAGCUAAUGGCACCAGUAGUUGGUGCUGAGCCGAGUGAGAUUGCUGUUAUGAAUACAUUGACUGCUAACCUCCAUCUACUUAUGUGUAGUUUCUACAGACCUACCAAGAAAGGAGAAGGUCGAUACAAGAUCCUGCUCGAAGGCAAGGCAUUCCCCAGUGACCAUUUCGCUGUCGAGUCACAAAUCAAAUUCCACGGUCUCGAUCCCAAAGAUGCAAUGGUAUUGCUGGAACCGGAAGACCCACAUACACCAAUACUGACAACCGAGCGAAUCUUGAAAACAAUCGAUGAUCAUGCCCAUGAACUGGCACUCAUUCUCUUGCCUGGUGUACAAUUUUAUACUGGCCAAUACUUUGAUAUUCAACGCAUCACUGCUCACGCUAGAUCCUGUGAUAUCCUCAUUGGGUGGGAUUGUGCCCACGCCGCUGGAAAUGUCGACUUGAAGUUACAUGCAUGGGACGUCGAUUUUGCGGUUUGGUGCAGCUACAAGUAUCUCAACUGCGGACCAGGAGCAAUGGCUGCUAUAUUUGUGCAUGAACGACACGGUGCAGUCGAUAAGUCUACCUCGACUGCGAAAUAUCGACCGAGGCUAACAGACUUUGUCCCUCGACCUGGAGCAGCAGGUUUUCAACUUUCCAACCCCAGCGCCCUUGAUCUCUCACCUGUUGUCGCCUCACUGUCCAUAUUCAAGGAAACAGGAAUGGAAGCCCUACGAAUGAAGUCAUUAACAUUGACUGCCUACCUUGAACAGCUUUUGACUGCAGAAGAGCUUGUUAGUGCAUCGCCACCCUACUCCAUCAUUACACCUCGAGAUCAAUCUGCACGCGGAGCACAACUUAGCAUCCGUCUAGAGCCAGGCAUGCUUGAUACUGUCCUCGAAUGUCUUGAAGAAGACGGCGUCGUGGUCGACGAAAGGAAGCCAGAUGUCAUUCGUGUUGCUCCCACCCCACUCUACAACACUUUUCACGAUGUCUACCAAUUUUGCAGAGUGUUCAGACGAGCUUGUGAAGUCGCGCUGCAGAAGAGGGAGUUUGACGUGAGGAAAUGA